AUGGAAGGAGAGGCAUUAGUGUGGUACCAAAAUGCCUUGGACUCGAGGCAAUUCAAUUCUUGGGAAUCUUUAGUGAUUGCAUUACAAGUGAGGUUUGGGCCAUCAACAUUUGAUGACCCAAUGGAGGCUUUGACAAGAUUAAAACAAACAAGUUUGAUUAGUCUAUAUACAUCACAGUUUGAGGCCUUGGAAAAUAGACUAAAAGGGUUAUCCGAGAGGUAUAAGCUAAGUUGUUAUGUUAGUGGGUUGAAAGAUGAGGUCAGAAUUCCUGUCAAGAUGUUUAACCCACUCAAUCUUGGUGCUGCUUUUGGCUUAGCCAAGUUGCAAGAAGAAUAUGUUUUGUCUUCAAGAAGAUCUUUGAGGCAAAAUGUCCAGCAUGCUGAUAAACCAUAUGUUGAAGGGCCUGUUGAUUCAGUUAAUAAAGGGCCGAGAAGUAUGUUUCCUUUGAGGAAGGUUAACUCUUCCCAAAUGGAUGAAAAGAGGAAAAGGGGCUUAUGUUUUCAUUGUGAGGAAAAGUGGAACCCAUCUCAUGUCUGUAAGAACCUUCGUGUGUAUUUUAUGCGUGAGAAAAUUGAUGAGGAAGAAGUGAAUAGUUUGGAAGAAGUCGAGACACAGUCUGUGCCAAAUUCUAAAAUACUAGAGCAGGCUUCUGAAGUUCUGGAAGUUUCCAUACAUGCCAUUGCAGGUGGUAUUAAUAGUAAUGCAAUGAAGUUGUUGGGUAGAAUUGGCUCUUUUGCUGUGAAGAUUUUAGUGGAUUCAGAAAGCACUCAUAACUUUUUGGAUCCAUUGGUAGUUGAGGCAGCUAAUUUGACGGUAGAAAAGGAUGUGGGGUUGCAGGUGAGAGUGGCAAAUGAAGCCAAGGAAGGAUGGCUUUUGCAAUUAGUAGCAGCACAAGUAGAAGAAAAUAAAGAAGAGAUGCAACCAGAAGUAUAUAACAUUUUACAGCAGUUCAAGUUUAUUUUUGAAGAACCAGUUGACUUACCUCCACCUCGGGUGUUUAACCAUAGGAUUAUUCUGAAGGAUGGUUCUACACUAGUUUCUACCCAGCUAAAGUCAUUUUCCUCACCUGUUCUCCUUGUUAAGAAAGCUGAUGGUUCAUGGAAAAUGUGUAUGGAUUAUAGAGCUCUGAAUCAAGAAACCAUCAAGGACAAAUUUCCAAUUCCUGUCAUUGAUGAACUUCUUGAUGAGUUACAUGGAGCACAAUACUUUUCUAAGCUUGAUUUAAGGUCAGGCUAUCAUCAAAUCAGGAUGAAGGAAUAUGACAUCCCUAAAAUAGCAUUUAGAACUCAUGAAAGCCAUUAUGAGUUCUUGCAGCAUACUCUCUUUGCUAAAAUGUCCAAGUGUCGUUUUGGGGUCACUAAGGUGGAUUAUCUUGGUCACAUUAUAUCUGUGGAAGGGGUUAGAGCUGAUCCUACAAAAUUAGAUGCUAUGGUUAAGUGGCCAAUUCCUAAAAGUGUGAAGGCAUUGAGAGGGUUUUUGGGGUUAACUGGGUAUUACAGGAAGUUCAUAAAAAGCUAUGAAUCUAUAGCUGCUCCUUUAACCCUUUUGUUGAAAAAUAAUUACCCGACUUUAGUCGGUUGGGUUCAUAUUGGAUCUAUCGGAUUAAUUGGGCCAAGCCCUUUUCUGCACAGGCCUACCUAUUCCUUUGUAUUCCUAUAUAUAUGGGUAUCAUUCACUUAG